CCUGUGGAGUGAGUGGGUCUUCUUUGCAGGGGGUGGGGUCUACAAAUGUGUGUGUACAAAAAAAAGCCCACAGAGCACACUAUGCUGUGAGUGCAGUUAUGCAGCGAUCCUGCAUUGGAUGCAGCAGAGCGAGCUACCGAUGAGGAGGACAAAGAUCGAUCCAAAAUGUGACAUGGGAAUUUUAUAGACCCUCACCAUGCUUUUUCAGUGGAAUCUUCUGUUCCCUGCCUGGUGGCUUCUCUCGGUUCAAACGACGUUCCUGACAGGAGAACACUCCGAGGGACCCUCGCGUAGACCGUUACAUUCUGGUUUAGAGGGAAUCCUGCUAGGACGUUCCUUAAGUGCGUCUGUGAGUUGGGAAUAUGGCCAACAAGGAGUUCUCGGGGAGUAUAGUGAUGUCGAAGAGUUUUUGAGGACAACCGUGUCGCUUCAAAGGGAUGAGGAGCUAGCAAGAAUGAAGGUUACCCCGUCGACGUCUUCUGUGACUAACGGAUCUAUAGUCCUCGAUUCUCCAACUGGACCAUCCAACACUGGGAACAGCACUCCACCUGUAGCCACUGGAAGAGCAGGAUGGACUGUUUCAACAAAAGCUUCAUUUGAGGAAUUGGUUACAAUAAUGGAAGAGUCCACAGAAGCAGAAAGAGAUGAUUUACAAGCUUCAGAUGAUGACCAGCAAGUCCCAAAACCCAGCGAUCCUCUCCAGACAUCGGCCCCAACCUACGCAACAGCAUUUCCAACCUGGACUCCCAUGUUCCAAGAUGAAUUUCCACCCAGUGAUGCCCUCAGGCCCUCUCUGGAUCAUAGCUCUGCCCUUUUCGUUCCUCUGUAUUCAGACUGGAACACAGCCCUUGCAACGUGGGGAUUUGCCUGGGAAGCGCACAUCUACGGUCUCGGAUCCAUCUUCACAGUGUUCGGCCUGAUCUCGGUGGUCUCCCUGUUGGGCCUGCCGUUCCGCUGUCCGUCCGGAAGCCCCUACUUCAUCCUGCUGCACGUGUUCCUUCUGGGAUUUGCAGGAACGCAAGCUUUCUGCUUGCUUUACGACGCGUACAGACACCAAGAUCGCCUACCCUCUCUGAGCUCACUCCUGUUCUCCCAGCUUCCCUUCCCUUGCUUGAUAUCUGCCUUCUCCCUGGCCUUCUUCCUUCUGUCUCUGCGCUCACGCAAGCGUCUUUCCCUUUCGCUCGCCAUCUCCCCUUCGUUGUCAGCCCUCCCCAAGCCGUGCCUCCUGCUGGUUUUAUCCCUGGUGCACUUUGGUAUCUCUCUCGGCUGCGUUGGCAUAUUGCAUCUAUUUCACAGCCUCCCCGUUAUGAUUCUCCUGCUCCCUCAAGGCGUUUUUGUGUGCUUGACACUCUUCCUCUCAUGCUCCUACGUUAUCUUUUACUGUCUUAUACAAGUGGACACCAAACAUAUCUACAGGCUUGACGACAACGGUGAGUGUGGAGGAUCUCCUGAAGUGAUGCGACAUGCGAGUUGUCCCUUCGCCAAAGCAGAAGACUGGGGUCGGGCGGCAGGGGCCGGAGUCGGGGCAGCCUUGUGUUUGCUAGGAUGCGGAGGCCUGCAGCUCUACGGAAUCUUGCACGCCCUCGGUUUGGGCGGGGUUGAAACCUACGGCUUUCUGCCCUGGCCCUGGUGGGGCUACCAGAUCGGAUGUCGACUCUGCGAGGCCGGAACCUGCCUCGGUUUGUCCCUCAUCGGUACGCAUCCUCUAUUCUGUCACAAAAAGUCUUUCAAGGCUCGCCCCAAACCGGGCUCUUGGUCUCGACUAUCCUGCAGCCCGCCCUCAUGUGGACAUGCGAAUUCCCCUGUAAUCUCCUGGUCUCAAGACAAACCGGAGAAGUCGCUACUUGGCGAUGCCGAAAAGGGACAAUCAGAGGUUCUUCCUCUAGGCUCGAUAAUAGAUUCUCCCGGAAAAAGACUUGCCUGUAUCUCUUCACCAACCCAACCGCAGACUGCUUUUCUAGCUAAACCCACUAGCCCGUCAACCAAAACUAAAAAUUUCCAGCUAUCCUCGCUAAGUUACGGCGCUGACUCCACAGUGGACCUCCGCCCUCCAUCUCCCAUAGAUUUGUCGCGGAGUAUUGACCAAGCUCUCUUUAGCGAAUCUCUAUUCAGACACAGUAUUUUCGGCUCGACAAGACUCUUCCCUAGUUCCUCGAGCCAUUCGCUGGGCUCUCCUGAGCAAAAAAGAUCUGCCUCAACAGAAAUCUCACUUUACCGAACCUCCUCCUGCAGCGAUCUGAAUCAAGAAUCCGACUCUAAACCUUCCCAGCCUCAUGGUAUACUAAAAUCACGUGAAACAGAGAAGUCUGACUGGAAAGAAAGCGUCUCUGGAUCAACUCUGGGCUUGUGCAGCAAACCCAGGGAGAUCAGGAAGUUGCGUUCCAAUUCCUGGGCCAACAGAGGGCAAAGCUUGGCGCACAACAGCAUCCCGCGCACAAUCCCUCAGUUGUCCUACCACAGACGCUACCGGACCUUGAGCGUGACCUCUAAGGACGGGCAGGCGUUCGAACGCCUGGCGGGGACGAAACAUCUGAGUGAGAGCAAGCAGCUGGAGUGGGAUUUGGCCGUGCAGGCAGAGUUUGUCGACGUAUGCCGGCAAAUAGACGCUUUUAGCAUUUGCAGUGACACAAUUGAACUCUAAGACAAUUCGUUUUGGUUCGCAGGUCACAUUUAACUCAUUCACUCCCAGCCAUUUUCACCGGAGCAAGGCCCUUCACUCCCGACUGUUUUACUGGAUUUUGACUGAUUUUGCAAGGCCCACAGAAAAUUCUGUUCUUUUGCUAUAUUAACAUGGAACCCACCAAAUGAAAGAUUAGACCUUCUUCUUUCAGCAGAAAAUUAAGUUAGUUCAUAUCUUUUUCCAUUCUUUAGAAAUCAGCAUUAGAAAAUAGCUUAGUUUGAGCAAUUUUCCAAUUUCUGAUGAAAAAACAGAGAAAUUGAGCUUUUUGUAAAAGCAUACAUUUCAAACAUAACUUUGACUUUAACACAGAUACUUUUCACUUUUGUGACAUCCCAAACAUUUGAAUAAUGUUUUCGUUCUACAAAAUAACAUAAACAACAAGACAAAUAGAGCUUUUGAUCGCAAAGUAACACUUUAUUUACACAUAACUAAACUAUUGAACUAUUGAACUAUUUGCGCACAUAACAACUGGGAAGGCUCUCGGCUGCUCCCGGUUGAAUGAGGUGGCUCCCAGUAAUCUGAUGAGUCUGGAUCAAGAUCGGUCCCACUUUUUUCAUCAUCUUCAUCAUUGGUUUUAACCUCGGGCUCAGGAGUAACGCAACGUGAGCUCCGCAGAACCUGACGUUGUUGUGGCCGUCACCGUCUGUCUCAACAAGACAGAUUUUUCAAAAUCCUUCUUUGACGAUGGUUUCGUUUUCUUUUCAAAACACUCCUCCAGUGUCGUUUGCCUUUUUUUCCCGAUCGUUCUCCACAUUUUUCUCAAAUUCUCACGCGUCUUCACAAGAUCCUUCCAACUUUUCGUUUCCUGACUAUUUUUCUUCACUUCUUUUCUUGGCCCGAGAUGAGUUCUUACAAAAUGCGCUACUGCCCUCCAGUGGCCGGUUUUAUUGCUUUAAAAUGAGUUUUGAGCAUUGUGCAUUGCAGUUUAGGUGCAACAGAACCUAGAGAUGCCGCUUGUAAAAAAUAAAAAUACGUAAAAGACGUAUAAAUACGUUUUUGGGACACUGAAACAAUUAAAAAAUAGAACAUAUUUAUAUAUUUCUGGGAGCAAAUGAGUUAAGGCAAGUUGAUUACAUGGAUUAUGUAAGUCAACUUACCACACAAUUGGACGUCUGUCAUCUUGGGAAUGGCGACAAUUGCUCUUCAUUUAUGGCAGCGUGCAUAGCUGGCGGUCAUCUUUGAGAGGGCAACUAGCGGUUGGGAACUAGAUCUCAAAAAGUACAUAUUGCGCAGCAUCGGCACGUUAUUUCUUAGUACUCCCCGAUUACGUCAUUUUAGUGCCGUAUCGGUAUCAGUGCAACACGAACAGUGAAGUUGGGAUUUUUUUUUAGACAAAUGGGCCAUUUUUGUCUUUCAAUGUUGUGUUUUUAAUCAACAGUAAAGGUACACAUUCCAGCAGCUGCAAACACAAAAGCCCCUUUUACAGCACAAGCAGAAAAUACACAUUUUACAUAUUGAUAAAGUUUGUUCUUGUGUUUCUUCUGUUGUAUUAAUCAGCCCGUUUGCGUACACCAGAAGAUCCUGAUUGUGUUUGACAUGCUGUACAUAAUAACCAUUGGAAGAAAUUACCCUGAAUUUGCACUAGAGGGUGCAAGAAAGACACACAUGAAGGAAUGUACAACUCUGAUGGUAAACCUUGAAAAUGAAAACAAUGCUUUCUGUAAAAUGAUGAAAUAAAAUGUUAAAAGAUUAA